AGAAGCCUGUGAAUCGAUGCGAACAUACGUGCUGAUAUCUGAAAUGAGUUUAGGCACGCUGUGGCCCUCGCUGAAUUUACCUCGCUGGGUGUACGCCACACCUGCAAAAUCAGGCAACGCAGAGUACGCAAAGUAGCAGUUAAAAUCCACGACAGCUCAAUAUGUGGCCUCUCCGGACGGUUUUGAAACUGUUACGUCUCAUACUGAUGUGCAUAAUGUUGGAGACUUUGGUGCUAAUCUCGCGAGUUUUUCCGGGAGUUAUGAACGUGGUGGGUUACUUCGCUCCGGAACAUGUGCGAUUAUUGCCAGGAAGUGAAGGUCGACUUAAACAGCUUGGCCAGAAUAUGAGAAACUGGAACAUGAGAGCCUCCCUGUAUUUUAACGGCUUGACUGACGCCUUCCUGAGAACUCAUGUCAACCAUCGGGCACCAAACAUUACAGUUUUCAAUUUAGAGGGCUCCGAAUGCAAACUUUUAGACUUUGCCAGAAAGGGACGCCCCCUGGUGGUGAACUUUGGAAGCUGCACCUGACCUUCGUUUAUGCUGAAGCAGGAGCACUUCAAAGACGUUGUCCGUCGCUUUGCGUCGUCAGCUGAUUUUGUGCUGGUGUACAUUCGAGAAGCACAUCCGACUUACCACGGUACGAACAUCGUUGGAAAAAUCGAGGACCACGUGACCAUCGCGGACCGAAUCGAGGCUGCCAAGCUUUUGUUGACCGAUGAAGGUUAUCCGUGUCAGGUGGUGGUUGAGAGCUUGGAGAAUCGGGCGGUUUGGGAGUAUGCUUGCCGACCGGAAAAGCUUGCCAUUAUUUUAGACGGAAUUGUGGUGUAUCUUGGGAAGAGAGGUCCCCAUGGUUACUUAAUGGAAGAGGUGGAGGAGUGGCUCGUGCGCUUCACACGAAAAGAAUAAACGCGAAUAAACGUUAAUUGUGGGAUGCCAUAAAACUACUCUACAUGUAGCAUUUACCAUGUGCUUAUUUGCUUCGCGGUCCUCUUUUAUUUUUAUUAGCUUGCACAUCACUUUCACUUUCAAAAUCCUUUAAUGUAUGUUUACUUACUUGCAGCUGACUUUCAGUUUCAAAAUCUUUUACGUAUAUUUAUUCAUCUGCGGUUCUGUUUCAGCUUCAUUGCCAUAUA